AUGAACGAUGCUUUGUCAUACGUCAGGGAAGUGAAGGACUCAUUCUCAGACCAACCGGAAAAGUACAAGAUGUUCCUAAAGAUCAUGAAAGAUUUCAAGACUGGAAGGGUCAAUAGAGCAAGGGUAGUGGCAAUAGCAAGGGAAUUAUUCAAAGGGCAUGACGGAUUGGUUUAUGGCUUCAACGUUUUCUUGCCGGAGGAAUGCCAAAUAGCAGCACUGUACGAACCACCGGCAGAGGAUCAGCCUGUCACUUACGAGGAAGCCGUCCGUUUGAUAGACAAAAUCAAGGAACGUUUUCGGAAUGAGGAACGUGUUCGUGAUGAGUUUUUUCACAUUCUCUAUCUGUACCGGCUUGGAAAGGAGCCCAGGGCGGUCUACUAUGAGGUUGCUCGCCUUUUUGCCGACCAUCCGGACUUAUUCCAGGGAUUCGAGAGGUUCAUGCCCUAUAGCUCAAUAGAGGAGGAGGAGGAGGAGGAGUUCAGCACUCUCGCCCCAGGGCCCUCGUGCUGGCAAAUGACAGGAGGAUCAAUUCUCAAGCCGAGGAUCAAGAUAGAUAAAGAUUGUGCCGAUUUGGACCACAAUGAGGACAUGACGAAGAGGAUGCACAAGGAUGAUAGGAAUGCAACUGGAUCUGAUAUGAGUUGUUGA